CAUGCGCACACGGCAGCGUUGUCACCCAGCAGAGCAGCGGAAAGUAGCCGGGGAUUAUUUUAGCUGAGAGCUGUGGCUGUAAUUUAGAGCUCAGUCCGCUGUAACCGGAUAAAUAAGAUGACCGAUCAGUCAUCACUUCUUCUGAGAAAACAACUCGCGGAGCUCAACAAAAACCCUGUUGAAGGCUUUUCUGCCGGUCUGAUUGAUGAUGAUGAUAUCUAUCAGUGGGAGGUUGUUGUCAUCGGACCACCAGACACACUGUUUGAGGGUGGAUUUUUCAAAGCAAACCUCACCUUUCCUCAGGACUACCCUCUUCGACCCCCGAAGAUGAAAUUUAUCACAGAAAUUUGGCACCCUAAUGUUGCAAAGAAUGGCGAUGUGUGCAUCUCCAUCCUGCACGAACCCGGAGAGGACAAGUUUGGUUAUGAGAAACCUGAAGAGCGUUGGCUUCCGAUCCACACUGUGGAGACCAUCAUGAUCAGCGUCAUCUCCAUGCUGGCCGACCCCAACAGUGACUCUCCUGCCAAUGUGGAUGCAGCAAAAGAGUGGAGAGAGGAUCCUAAUGGUGAAUUCAAGAGGAAGGUGGCCCGCUGCGUGAGGAAAAGCCAGGAAAUGGCAUUUGACUAAGCCCUCCCAUCAGAGCAUCACCCACUUAAAUGAUAACAGAGUUCUGAUCUACAGGGCGAGCAUCUGCCACUGCACGAUCAAGUUUUGCACCAGUUUUCCUUCGCCAACGUUGAGAUGGAAGUAAACCUAGCCAUUUUGAACCAUAGGAUUUCCUCUGAAUGAGUGAGAACAGAAUGAUGUUAUGAAAAUGUCACCCUUUUCCCCCCCCCUUUUCCAGCCCACCCAUGUAAGCGCGAGUGCGAGUGUGAGUGUGAGUGUGAGAGUGAGUGAGUGAGUGAGUGUGUGCGAGAGUGAGUUAAUGAGAGAGCCUGAUUUAUUUAUUGUCUAGAUUAUGAUGAAGUGUAAUGCAUGACGUUCGCUUUUUUACCUGCCUCUGAGCCAUCGACUAUGAACAGCCUCUUAUGCAAUUCUGAAGAUUUUCUUGCAUUUUUGGUGACAGAGGUUAAAUGAGAGAGUUAAAUGCUGUUACCCCCCCCCCCCCCCAUUUAAGCCCCGCCCACUAACUCCACCCACACCCACUUCAUCCCAUUGCAUAAAUGUAAAGAACCUUGCUCCCUGGGAAAAAAGCAUACCACAAAUGUCUCUCUCAGAGGAGUCAGUGUGAUCUCUGCUGCCUUAAUUUGUUUUCCUACACGGAAGGAAAUUGAAUCCAGUGAUGUCAGGAUGUUUAUUCUGCAGUUUUUGAGCAAAAAUCCUCAUUUUGUUUUUUGGACAAACCAAAAAAUAUUGCAUGAGACAGAGAAUAUUUUUUUGUAUGAGACGUAAGCUCAAAAACUGUAUUUUUUGUGUAUGUAAAUACGAUGUACCAUAGCUAUGUCAAUCAAAACCGUGUGUUUGUGUUUGUCCCGCCCCCUCCUCAGUACUCAGUACAGUUCUGUGAAUCUCAUAUUUGGCUGUAGUCUAGUUUCAGUCUAAAGGCUGCUGACGCUCAGGCUAGAUCCAGCCUUCAGUAGCACACCACCUUUUAUUUCCCCACAAAUAUAUUUACCCCAUUUUUCCCCAAAUCAACAUUUAUUGCUCAUUAAAGCUGUGUUUGUGCGACAUUA